ACGAGUCUCGAAGCCUGCCUCCUCUCUCUCUCUCUCUCUCUCUCUCUCUCUCUCUCCCCCUCCCUCCCCUCUCACACACACACACACACACACAUACCGAUGGAGAUACUGAGGAAUAUCGGGCCGACCAACACCAGCGGCAUGUGCGAGUCGACGCAGAGGUCCAGCGAGCCGCGCCGGAAGAGAGCGGAUGACCGCAGCGCGCCUUCGGAGAUGGCGAGAAUAGUCACGGAUCCCGCCACGGGGAAGUGCUACUGCCGCGGGAAAGUUUUGGGAAAGGGGGGGUUCGCCAAAUGCUACGAGAUGACCGACCUCUCCACCAGCAAAGUUUACGCAGCCAAAAUCAUCCCGCACACGCGCGUCUCCAAACCGCACCAGCGCGAAAAGAUUGACAGGGAAAUCGAGUUGCACAGAGCGCUCCACCACAGGCACAUCGUGCACUUCUAUCACCAUUUCGAGGACAAAGAAAACAUCUACAUCCUGUUGGAAUACUGCAACAGAAAAUCAUUAGCCCAUAUCCUAAAGGCACGCAAAGUGCUGACCGAGCCUGAGGUUCGUUAUUACCUAAGACAGAUCGUCUCUGGACUGAAGUACCUGCACGAACAAGAGAUCCUGCAUAGAGACCUCAAACUGGGUAACUUCUUUGUGAGUGAGUCUAUGGACCUGAAAGUAGGGGACUUUGGUCUGGCUGCCAAGCUGGAGCCGGCUGGAAACAGGAGGAAGACGAUCUGCGGCACUCCCAACUACCUGUCCCCCGAGGUUCUCAACAAGCAGGGCCAUGGCUGUGAGUCUGAUAUCUGGGCCCUGGGCUGUGUCAUGUACACUAUGCUGUUGGGCAGACCGCCAUUUGAGACAACCAACUUGAAAGAGACGUAUAGGUGUAUCAGAGAGGCACGGUACAGCCUGCCCUCCUCCCUGUCACUGCAGGCUAAGCAGCUCAUCUCCAGUCUAUUAGCAAAGAGCCCUGAGGACAGACCCCACCUGGACCACAUUCUGCGGCAUGACUUUUUCACACAGGGCUUCAGUCCAGAGCGUCUGCCUGCUAGCUGUUGUCAUUCUGCACCAGAUUUCCACGUCUCCAGUCCAGCAAAGAGUUUUUUCAAGAAGGCUGCGGCUGCGCUCUUUGGUGGAAAGAAAGACAAGGUCAAAUACUACGAGACGCUGAACAAGCUGACCAAAGAGGAAGAGGAGAUCUACAAACUACAGCAAGACCUGAAACGGACUGUUAUCAACCAGCAACAGAUUAAACAGCAGGCUGAGGAUGGAAGGCCACAUCCGCCAUCUGCUGAAAGGCUUGUUGCCCCGGCAACAGAGACCCGGUCCCCUACGACGCGAGAUACUAUCCGUCUGAUCGUCAGAGGUAGUCUGGGGAGCUGUAGCAGCAGUAGUGAAUGUUUGGAAGACAACACAACUGGAAGCAUGGCUGAAACAGUAGCUAGUGUCUUAAGAGGCUGUCUAGAGAGCAUGCCUAAAGCUGACGACAUUCCUAAGGGCUCAGGAAGCUGUAACCUGCAGUGGGUGACUAAGUGGGUGGACUACUCCAACAAGUACGGCUUCGGCUACCAACUUUCUGAUCACACCGUGGGAGUUCUCUUCAACAAUGGCACUCACAUGAGCCUUCUGCCAGACAGGAAGACCAUCCAUUAUUAUGCUGAGUUGGGCCAGCGCACUGUGUUCCCAACCUGUGAGGUUCCCGAACACUUUGUGGGUCAAGUGACUGUGCUCAAGUACUUCUCCCACUACAUGGAGGAAAACCUCAUGGAUGGCGGGGACCUGGUUAGUAUGACAGAUACACACAUGCCCAGACUCUACCUUCUGCAGUGGCUUAAAUCCGACCGCGCCCUCAUGAUGCUCUUCAACGAUGGCACCUUUCAGGUGAACUUUUAUCACGACCACACCAAGAUCAUCCUGUGCUGCCAAAGGGAUGAAUACAUCUUGACAUACAUCAACGAAGAGCGUGUCUCCACCACCUUGAAGCUCAGCUCCCUGCUCACGUCUGGCUGCCCUGCAGACCUGCGUGAACGCAUGGAGUACUCGCUCAACAUGCUGCUGCAGAGAUGUAGUUAAAAUGGAAAUAAUGUGCGAGGAACUGCGGACUAAGAUGACCUCAUCUCACUAAUGCCGUCGAAACCAGGAAGAAAAAGAAAAAACCGUGUGGGGACGGGUAUCGAGGACUGAGCUGUGUAAAACAACAACUCAACUGUCAUUCCUACACCUUUGCUCCUUUGUGGCUCAGCGUAGGUGCAGUUGAACACGUAUGGACCAAAUCUUGGAAAGUAAAAAUGUGUGUAGCACAAGUAGUUGGACAGGGGUAAAAAAAAAAAAAGAAGAAGAAAAAAGGGCUGAUUUGUAUGUCGAUUGUGGGAGGAGAGCAACAACGAAAUGUUUUGGAACUGUGAAUGUAGGUACGAAUGUGAACCCCAUACGUCAAGGACAGAGAUGGAUGCUUAAUGGAUGGAAGUGAAGAGAAAAACACUGGGCGGGCACCAGAUGACUUGUUUAUAAUGUUGUUGACUUUCUUGUUGUUUGUAGUUCAUUCCUAAAAGGCUGAUGCUGAGAUUGUAAUCAGAGCCAGGCUUUGGGAUGGUGUAAAUUAUGUAUUGUGUGUACUCGGCCAGCUCUGCAGUGCAGAGGAAGAGGCUGUUUGUGAGUGUGCGUGUAUACAGGUGGGGUGGGAUGGGGCCAGUGAGAGGGGACGGGGGAUAAAAUUACACUAAUGAUAGUGGGGGGGGGGGGAGAUAACUGUGAUUCAUUCUCUUGAUGGCCAGAUGGACUCUUUUGAGCUGGGAAGAAAUGAGAUGACAAAAGUGGGGGUGGAGUGAGAAAUGAGAAUGACAUUAAAAAUAAAAGUACUACAGAUCCACUAAGGAUCCUUUUAGGAGACAUUAUCGCCUAAAAAGAAUGUGUCAUAAAUAACUUAUUGUGUACAAAGUGCAGUAUUUAUUUAUUUAAUAAUAAAGAGCAUUUUGUAAAAACAUUA